CAGUGCAACUAAAAAGAACAGACCGCUACUCACAAUUGCGAGCGCCCGUCAGUUGCGGCCAAUUACGACACAAUACUCUAUAAUACAAGUUAUAAAACUGACCGUUGAACGUUUUGUGAUCAUCGGCAACCGUUUCAUUUUAUAUAAUAUUCCAACCAACGCUGAUAGAAGAUGCCAGAGAAUGUGCUGAAUGGUGAUCAUGUUGAAGUGAAGGGUGCCAACUGUGAACCUCAAGAUAAUGAUGAAGAGAAUACUGAAAAUGAUGUACAUUUUGAACCCAUAAUAUCUUUACCCUUGAUAGAAGUAUCCAACAACGAAGAGGAUGAAAUAGAGAUGCUAAAGUUGAGAGCAAAGUUAUAUCGUUAUGACACAUCCAGCAAUCCUGCUGAAUGGAAAGAACGUGGUACAGGAGAAGUUAAAUUAUUAAGGCACAAAGUGAAAAAUACUGUCAGAGUAGUUAUGCGCAGAGAUAAAACUCUCAAGAUCUGUGCUAAUCAUUUUGUAACUCCGUGGAUGGAGUUGAAGCCAAAUUGUGGCAGUGAUAGGGCUUGGGUCUGGAGUGUACUUGCUGAUUAUGCAGAUGAACAACUCAAGCCAGAGUUACUUGCGAUACGUUUUGCAAAUGCUGAGAAUGCAUUGGUAUGGAAGGAAGCAUUUGAGAAGGCUAAGAAGAUUGUAGGAUCUGAAUGUGAGAUUUAUGCUGGCAAAAACAAUCCAGAGCAAAAACGUGUGGAGAGUGACAGCGAGUCAAGUAGUGACGUAAGUUACAGCGAAAGUACUGAUAAUGAGGAGCCAACAAAAUCACUUGUUAAACAAACCGAUGAAAGUGAUGUGACCUCUCAGCAAAAAGAAACUGAAAAGGAGAUGACAAAGUCAAUAGAAGAUAAAUGCGCAGUAACAAAGAGUGAGGAAAAACUAAUUGAAGAAAUUAAGAAAUUAGAGAUGAAAAAUGAAGAUGAAAAAAAGUAAUGAACCUCAAUGUAUCCAUAGACAAUGGAGUUUGUUAUCAGACAGCACAUUCCGAUAUUAUGUGCGCCAUCGUGCAUAUAUUAAAUGCCACCAACGCUUCAUUAUUCAAACAUUGAAUAUACAUAGAUAGUUUUUUUUAGAGACGAAGUUGUGGACAAGUUGAAUAAAUUUCCAGGUUAUUCGAUAAAGGCCGUAUUUGUACAAGCGAUACAUGUUAUCUGUGAUUCUUUUAAACCGUGGAAAGAAAUUAUUGUGGUGCGAGAUAGUAAUUAUUGAAAUGAAUGCAUGCAAGAGGGGAAAGUGUGUUAAGAAUUGAGGAAUGCUGAACGAUUAAGUACAACGAUAAUUACGCGAACAAAGAACCCGUGCUUUAUUUUUUAUUGUUCUAGAUAUUGGUCUUUUGAGAACCCAAGCAGAUUCGCGGAUUAUAUCACAUGUCCAUUCAUAGUUAAUGAUUGCAUCAUGUAUACUUUGAAAAAUAGCAAACAGCAUGCUGAAAAGGUCACGAAUGUUUGUGCGUGCGUAAAUGUGAGCGUGUGCCGCGAUAAUUUGUAUAAAAUUGUCAAAUUUUUACCUACUUUGUUUACAGUGUAACAUUUUAAACUGCAACCUGUUAAUUUUUUCUUUUUUUUUUUGAAAAUUUUUUAGGGAACUUUCAAUUUUAAUUUUUUGAUUUUAUAUAAUCUGUAUAUGCAAUAGAUUAAACUGUAUUAUAACUAUA